AUGAAGCAGGUUCGCAAUGGCGGUUGUCAUCCUGGGCCCUUGUCGCCGCAGUACCAUAGUAGGGACGUCAAAGUCCCAAAUCCUUGGCGGGGACAAAGGAGCAACAAGCACGAUACGCAAGAUGCCGUCGUCCGUCAAUACGCCAGUAAUGCACUGCAAAUUCGGCUCGCCCGGACAGAACAGUGGCUUAGUGGCAGUCCGCGAUUCAGCAUCGACACUACCUCACGUCUCCACUUCCCUCUUUUUGGCCGAAUUCAUCAAGAGGCUGUGAGCAUGGCAUCACUCUAUGCGUCCUUCAAAAGUCGACACCACAGGCCAACGUCCACUUGUGCCUUGGCGAGCGACAUUUACGGGUACCUGCGCAUGUGUCUCAUCAUAUCCGAAGACGCCGUAAUAAACAACAACCCCGCUCUCCAUCAAUCGCAAGCCCGGACCUUCACUACACUGGGUCAAGAGCAGAACAACCAUUUUCCGGUCAUGAUUCAGGAACAGCCAUCGGACGUUGCCCGCGGCUUCUGUCGUUGCUUUCCCGUGUCUGCUACCAAUGAGCAGAGCCGUAGAACUGCCGACAUGUUCGAAAGAUACGAGGCAUCUGCAUUACGACUGCAUAUCGGAGGUCGACUGAUAGCUUCAGCGAUCACGAUCUACAAGGCCUUUUCGAAGUUCUACACCCUUUUCGAUGAACAGUUUGGACUCGAGUGCUUCUGCGCAGCUCCGGUGCUUUAG